UAUUGUUUAAAAAUAUCAGUACUAUAGUUGGAGCUUUAAUUCAUUCUUGUGGAUUGUGGUUAGUGUUAUAUGAAGACUUUAGCUAUAACCGCAUUUUCUCUUCCUUCUCUCUCUUAAAUAUUUUCUCGAGAAUCAAACAGAGAGGUACCUGUGGAAGAACAACUAUAUUAAUAUUAUAAUUCAUCAGAUACAAUUAUCAUAGAGAUUUUCUCUUCCUUUGAGAAUGGCGGAAGUUAAUAAUGAAGGCGCGAAGAUAAGAAGAGGAUGUUGGUGUGGAAAAGACGAUUUUCUCCCUGAGGAGUCGUUUAAGAGCUGGGGCAAUUACGUAAAAGCACUAAAAGAGACUCCGAAUCGGUUAAAGGAUCGGGUGGUGACCCGAUCCAUAGACGAAACAGAGGUGGUGGAGAUGAAGAGUCGGAGCGAGAACGAGAUGAAGAAGACACUGAAUUGGUGGGACCUGAUGUGGUUAGGGAUGGGAGGAGUGAUCGGCGCCGGAAUAUUCGUUUUGACAGGAGUUGAAGCCAAGGAAUCAGCUGGCCCCGCCAUCGUCUUAUCCUACGUCGUUUCGGGUCUCUCCGCCUUGCUUUCUGUUUUUUGUUACACUGAGUUUGCCGUUGAAAUACCAGUCGCAGGUGGUUCAUUUGCCUAUCUAAGAGUUGAACUUGGGGACUUCGUAGCAUUCAUAGCAGCAGGCAACAUAAUUCUGGAAUACAUUAUAGGUGCAGCCGCAGUGGCUCGAUCAUGGACCUCCUACUUCGCCACUCUAUGCAACCACAACCCCAACGACUUCCGCAUCAAACUCCACUCACUCUCCGAAGACUACAGCCACCUCGAUCCAAUAGCGGUCCUAGUCCUCGCCAUCAUAUGCCUCAUCGCAUGCCUCAGCACCAAAGGCUCAUCACGCCUAAACUACGUCGCUUCAAUCGUCCACAUUGUGGUCAUUCUAUUCAUCAUAGUUGCUGGCCUAACCAAUUCCAACACAGCUAACUACACCCCAUUCGCACCCUUUGGACCGCGUGGUAUCUUCAAAGCCUCGGCAGUAAUCUUCUUUGCAUACCUCGGGUUUGACUCUGUAGCCACUAUGGCUGAAGAGACCAAAAACCCCGGUCGUGACAUCCCCAUCGGCCUAGUCGGGUCGAUGGUGAUCACGACCGUGUUGUACUGUUUGUUAUCCUUAACUAUUUGUUUGAUGCAACCUUACCAACAGAUUGAUAAGGAUGCACCAUUUUCUGUGGCGUUUGAGGCUGUUGGAAUGAAUUGGGCAAAGUAUUUGGUAGCUGGUGGGGCUUUGAAAGGCAUGACUAGUGUGUUGUUGGUUGGUGCAAUUAGCCAAGCUCGUUAUGUGACACACAUAGCUAGGACCCAUAUGAUUCCACCUUGGUUAGCUCAAGUGAAUAAAAAGACUAAGACUCCUAUCAAUGCUACUGUGACUAUGCAAGUUGCUACAGCAGCAGUAGCUUUAUUUUCAAACUUAGAGAUUCUAGCCAAGCUCCUCUCAAUAUCAACUCUCUUCAUUUUCAUGCUUGUGUCCAUGGGCCUCAUCAUAAGGCGGUACUACGUUAGUGGGGUCACUAGUAAUGUCAACAGAAAAAAGCUUGUUCUUUGCUUAGUGGUUAUACUUGGUUCUUCAAUAGCUACAUCUAUUUAUUGGGCCAAUAGUGAGGGUUGGAUUGGGUAUGUGAUUUUUGGACCUUUUUGGUUUUUGGGCACUUGGGUACUUUGGGCUUUUGUCCCACAAGCCCGGACCCCUAAAAUCUGGGGUGUCCCUUUAGUGCCUUGGUUGCCUUCUGGCUCAAUUGCUAUUAAUAUUUUCCUUCUUGGGUCUAUAGAUAAAGACUCUUUUGUGAGAUUUGCUAUGUGGACUGGGGUUAUGUUGGUGUACUAUUUUUUGUUUGGAUUACAUGCUUCUUGUGAUAGUGCCAAAGAAUAUGAGAAUAAGAUGUUGGAGGAGGGAGAUGUGUCUUCAGUGGUCAAAGAUUCUGAUCACUCUGGUGUUGCUCUUAAAAGUUAGUUCAAGUUUGUUUUUAGGUUUUUAAUUAAUGUAAUAUUAAUGCUGUGCAAAUUGCUUAUGUUAUGAUUAUGGUGUGAUUUUUCCUUUUUCUGUUAAUAAUAACCAACAAUACUAGUCUAAA